CUGGCAUUUGUUACUCAGCAAACAUUCAGUCUGUCCAGUCAGGUGGAGACCACGCAGUGAGAAUGAUUGAACUGUACAUCGCUCUGUCGGUGCUGGUGAUUUGUUUGUAUUUCAAAUGGUCAUGCAGCUAUUGGCGCCGCGUGGGUAAUAUCGAUGGACCGCAGCCUCUACCAUUUUUCGGCAAUGUUUUCGAACAAUUAACUGCGAAGAAACAUUAUGGCGAGAUUUUCGACGAAAUUUACCGAUCAUAUCCAUCGGCAUUGUGGGUGGGAAUCUACGAGUUGUUCAACAAACCAGCGAUCGUUGUUCGUGAUAUGGACCUGGUGAAGGAAAUUCUCGUAAGCAACUUUCAAAGCUACAACAAAAACUCCUUCCGGGUGGAUGAAACCAUUGAUCCUCUGAUUUCGAUGAAUCCAUUCACUCAAUCCGGGGACAAGUGGAAGCAAAGACGGUCGCAAAUUACGCCGGUUUUCUCCAUGCCCAGAAUACGAGCUGCCAUACCAAUAAUUAACAAUAUAGCGGAGAAUUUCAUUGAACAUGUUACCAAUGCUCGUGACACAUGUCUCGAUUUCGAGGCAAAAGAUCUCUGUGCGAAAUACACCAUCGACGUUGUAGCUAGCUGCGCCUUUGGUAUAGACGCCGAGUCAUUCCACAAUCCCGAUGCCGAGUUCCGACGAUAUGGCCUGGCUCUUUUUAAAGCGGAUUCGAUCGUUGCUUGGUUGCGUGCUUUUCUGGCCCUGUUUGUUCCGCGAGUUUCAUCAAUUCUCAGGUUACCAUUUGUCCCCGGGAAGGUAGAUCGAUGGUUCCGUGGAGUUAUAGGAGAAGUCAUGCGACAACGUAAGGAUGGUGAAGUGAAACGACAAGAUCUGUUCCAAGCGAUUUACGAUUCACUCUCGCAGAACGGUACGAUCGAGGUGAAAACCAGUGAGAUUGUUGGGCAUUCUGUCACAUUCCUGACUGAGGGCUAUGAAACUUCCAGCACUCUGAUGAGCUAUAUGCUUUAUGAGCUGGCAACCAAUCAGAAAAUUCAGGAAAAAGUUCUGGAUGAAAUCGAUUCCGUAUUAGAGGAAUUCAACGGGAGUCUAACUGAUGAGGCUGUCCAAAAGUUGGUUUACAUGGAACGCGCAAUGUACGAAACACUGCGAAUGCACAGUCCUGUUUUCACUCUUCCCAAAAUUUGCACAAAGACUAUCGAGCUACCUCCUCAGUAUCCAACCGACAAGAAGAGGAUGUGGUUGAAAAGCGGAAUGACGGCCAUCAUUCCAGUUAACGCUAUCCAUUAUGAUCCAGAGAUAUACCCCGAACCAUUCCGCUUCGAUCCUGAUCGCUUCCUGGAGGAAAACAAGCAGUGCCGCCACCGGUAUGCUUUCUUAGCGUUCGGCGAGGGCCCACGCAUUUGUCCGGGAAUGAAAUUUGGACUUACUCAGAGCAAGAUAGGAAUCGCAACGUUGCUUAGCAAGUUCAGAGUGGAGCUUUCUGGAAAACAAGAGCUUCCACUGGAAUUCUCGAAAACGUCUUUUCUGCUGGCACCGAAGAGUGGAAUUUGGGUCAAGUUUGAAAAGAGGCAAUAAGCAUGUAAGUAUGCAGCUGAAUAUUCGAGUUUACUCAUAACGAUAGAGAAAAUAUAUACGAACAUUUCUGGCAACAGUCUAUGCGUAAGGGAUUUAUGC